AUGGCGCUGGACGGGGAAUCUCUUGCUCUAGGCAGCUACAAUCUCUCAAUCGUGGGAGACAAGCUGUUAGUAAGAAACAAGGCCUCGACAGGCAAAUCGAAAUCAAAGCAAUCUUGCUUUAGCUCUGGCAAUGACGCCACAAAAAAUAACCAACGCUCCAUACCACUAUACAAUAUUCUCUGGGCCGAAGUAGCCGGUGACAGUCUGGUCAUAGACUAUGCUGAGGACGUAUCCAAAACAAAAAUACGCCCCACCAAGAUAAGCAUACCUCUGCCACCAGCGACGACAUCAAAGGACACCACCGAUGCCCCGGCAACUUCAGAAGCUGGCGCCGACCUCGAAGCUGGCAAUGCUGGCACUGAAUCCUCCCCAGCUGCCCAGGCAUCUGUCUGGGCAUCAGCCCUCCUAGACCAAAGUUAUGACCCCUCAGCCACGCGACGAAAACGAGCAUUCGUGAUGAUCAACCCUCACGCAGGCCCCGGCGGCGCAAUGCGCAAGUUCGAGACCCAAGUACGCCCAAUAUUCCUCGCAGCCCGCAUGGAGCUCGAGGUCGUCACGACAACACGGAGGGGGGAGGCGGAGGAGAUGGUGCAAAAGCUAGAUCUCGACAAGUACGACAUCAUUGCGGUUGCAUCCGGUGACGGACUGGUCUACGAGACGUUCAAUGGGCUCGGCCGACGGCCAGACGCUCAAAAGGCUCUGAAGAGCGUCGCCGUGGUGCAUAUACCGUGCGGAAGCGGCAACGCCAUGGCUUGCAACCUCUACGGUACGCAUAGGUUGUCUCCUGCGGCUCUGGCUGCAGUCAAGGGCGUGCCUACAGCUUUGGAUCUUGUCAGCGUCACGCAGGGCAACACGCGGACCCUCAGCUUCCUGAGCCAGGCGUUGGGUAUCAUUGCGGAGUCUGACUUAGGGACGGACCACCUGCGGUGGAUGGGGUCUGCGCGUUUUACAUAUGGCUACAUCACGCGCGCGCUUAAGCGAGCCGUUUAUCCUUGCGACAUCUCCGUCAAGGUAGAGAUUGAUGAUAAAGCCAGCAUCAAAGAGCACUACGCCAGACACCGCCCGGACAGGCCCUCUCCGGCCCAGGUCACAAAGGCAGAUUCUGUUGUUGAUGGCAACGUGGGAACCGAAGUUGCGGAGGGUCUACCACCGUUGAAGUACGGCACAAUUAAUGACAAAGUUCCCGAGGGCUGGGAAACAUUCUCAUACGAUAAUAUGGGACAGCUUUACUGUGGAAACAUGGCAUACAUUAUGCCUGACAGCAACAUUUUUUCCGCGGCCUGCAUCAACGACGGUAUGAUGGAUCUCGUCACGGUUGACGGCGACGUCUCACCGCUCAAGUCGCUGGAGCUGAUGACGCUUGUCGAGAGCGGCAAGUUCUUCGACGACGCUCGCGUCAGGUACCGCAAGGUAUCAGCAUAUCGCAUAACCCCUCGCAAUCAGCCAGACGGCUACAUCAGCAUCGAUGGAGAAGGUGUUCCUUUUGCGCCCUUUCAAUGCGAGGUCCAUCGAGGUCUCGGUCUAGUCCUCUCCAAAGCCGGCACAUACGAGGCCCCUGGCCCGCUGAACUGGGAGGAGGUGUCGCUGAACAAGCCGUAG